AUGGACGAAGAUCACAUGAUGGCUACAAACGGCGCCGCGGGCGGCGCUUCGUCUGCUCGCACCCGCACCGCCGGCGCCACCGCAAGCGGAACCGCCGGCGGCGGCGGCGGAGGGUCCGCGACUCGGCACCACGAUCCAGUCGCGGACGUGUUAAAGCUCGAGCAGCAGCUUUUCCGCGUGCCGCUGGAGGAGAUUAAAGCGUCCGUGCGACACGGCGCGAAGGAGUCGGAGCGCGAGGUUGCAGCGCUGGUUGCUGCUGUGCGUCAAUUGGACGCGCAGCGAUCGGUAGAGCAGCAGGCGGAGUUGGUAUCAGCGCAAGGAGGCCAGCAAGGGGAUGUGACUGUAGCGAAGGCAGCGGAAGUCGUGGAAGGGCUUCUGAAUCGCGUACAGGAAUUGAAGAGCAAGGUAGGAAUUCAACAGCAGGAAUUGAAGAGCAAGAUCAACGUCUCCUUUGUCCAGCAGCAGCAGCACAUGACCCACCUGCGCACUCGCCUCGCCAUCGCACUUCUGUCUCUCCUCUCAUUUCCUGCUCCCUUGUGCUUCCUUACCCCCCAGAUUAACGUCUCCUUUGUCCAGCAGCAGCAGCACAUGACCCACCUGCGCACUCGCCUGCAAGCUACGUCAGCACUCGUUGCAUCAGGAUCAGGAUCGGGAUCAGGAGAGAGGAAUGGGAAAAGUGGUGCCACCACCACUGCUGCCGUUGCUGCUGCUGCAGGGGGCGCGGUUGGUGCUGCUGCUGGUGCUGCUGCUGGUGCUACUGGUGCAACCAGCGCGUCUUGGCAUAUGGAAGCGACCGGAGCUGCUGUUUUGGCAGGAGCAUCAGCCGCAGGGGCGGGAGGAGCAGGAGCAGGAGCAGGAGCAGCAGACGGAGCAGGUGGAGCAGGGAGGAGCGGGGAAGGUGCUGGGAAUGGGGAAGGGGAAGGGGAGGAGGAGGGUGGUGUGAGGGAGAGGUUAGUGCAGGAGUGGAAGCAGCAGCGGCUGCAGCGAGUGCUGGUGGAUUACCUGAUGAGAGAAGGGCACCUGGAAACUGCUGGGAAGUUGGCGCAAGAACUGCACUUGCAGGAGUGGGUGGACAGCGGCGUGUAUGAGAGCAUGCUCGCCAUCUCCUCUGCUCUUCACCAGCAGGACUGCGCGCCCGCCCUGCACUGGUGCUCGCUGCACCGCUCCCGCCUUAAGCGCCUCAAGAGCGGUCUGGAGUUUCGGCUGCGAGUGCAGGAGUUUAUAGAGAGGGUGCGGCAGGGGCAGCUGAAGGAGGCAGUAGGGUAUGCGCGCGCCCACCUCGCCCCCUUCGCUGCGUCGCACCUGCCACAGCUGCAGCAGGCACUAGCCACCCUCGCCCUCCGCUCCUCCACCCAAUGCCCCAAGUACAAGGCCCUCUUCGCCCAGUCGCAGUGGGAGUCGCUACAGCAACUGUUCCACCGCACUGCAUGUGACCUGCACGGCCUGCCCCACCCGCCUCUGCUGCACAUCUACAUGCAAGCCGGGCUCUCCGUGCUCAAAACCCCGCUGAGUUACGAGCCCGGGUGUCCCAAGGCGGACCCUCUCUCACACGCCUCCUUCCGCCACCUCGCCCUGCCGCUGCCCCUCUCCAAGCGCAACCACUCCCAGCUCGUCUGCCGCAUCUCCCACCGGGUCAUGGAUUACCACAACCCGCCCCUCGUGCUUCCCAAUGGCUACGUGUACAGCAAGCAGGCAAUGGAGGACAUGGCACGGCGCAGCAAUGGGUUAGUGACGUGCCCCAGUUCCUCCCCCGUUUGCCUCCCCAUGCCUUCCCCCCUGCCUCCCCCCAUGCAUCCCUGCGUGCCUCCACCAUGCCUCUCCCCAUAA